AUGAUCACAGAUGUUGUCUCACCCACCGUGACCAUUCACAACAACGACAACAAUAACGACGACACAAAGGAUGACUCUAACAAACAGUCGACGAAACCUAAUGUUGUUUCGGAUAGCACAAUCACUCCAAACGAAACUAGCAAAAAAACAGGAUUGACUGCAUCCUCUACCGUAACAACUCUUGACGACAUGGAAACGAAAGUAAUUCUAACAAAUUUAAAGAAUGCUUCGAAUGUAAAUUAUGUAGAAACUCAAAAUUGGAAGAAAGGUCUAAAAGGAAUUAGACGAAAGAAAUAUACUUGGACAUUUCUAACAGUUUGUGGAUUUGUUGGUGGAGUGAUUAUUUAUACGCAUGAUUUGAUUGUCAAAUACAUGUUUCAGGGAAGGUUGACUUUGAUAAAUGCAUUCGAUUCGAAUAGUUAUUUCGGAUUACGUUUAGUUUUGUGGAUUUUGUUUAAUUUGGUGUUUAUGUAUGUGAGUUUAAUGAUGACGAUUUUCAUUGCGCCUGCUUCGGAGGGAUCUGGUAUUCCAGCUAUUAAAGCUAUUUUAAAUGGUACUCCUUUAGAAGAUCCUCUCAGUUUCAAAACAUUUCUUGUAAAAAUUAUUACACUUCCAGCGGUUUUGGGAACUGGAAUGUUUUUUGGUAAAGUUAUUAUUGGAGCUGGAUGUGGAAGAUUCUUUGGAGAAAUAGUGGCAAUUAUAUUUCCAAAUGGAUUUGUUGCUGGACAACCAAUUUAUGCAGGAGCUUAUGCAGUUGUUGGUAUUGUGGCAUUGACAGCAUCAGCCACACAUGCAUUUUCAACUGUUUUCAUCUUCCUUGAAAUUGUUGGUGUUGCUGUUUAUCUUCCAAGUUUAAUGGCUGCUUUGAUAGCUGUCAGAAUUUCAAGAUUGUGCACAGCAAACUUUUAUGAUACCAGUAUUAAGGUAAAGGGAUGGCCAGCAUUAUUGGAGAGUAUGACAGAUUCAGAAGAUUUGAAAGUUACCAAUAUUAUGACAUCUGUCGAUAAACUAGACAUUUUGGAAGAGAAUGUUUCAAUGAGAGAUCUUGAACUCCUCUUACAAAAGAAGAAAUUACCAAAGAUUUUACCCGUUGUUUCAAGUAAGGACAAUUUGGUUCUAUUAGGACAAGUGCAUCUGAAAUCUUUGGAAUUUCAAUAUAAUCUAAUGAAAGCUAGAUUGAAUAAUUCAGGAAAGGAAAUCACUCAAGCAUCAAAUUUUGCACCAAUAUCUGAUGAAGGAUAUGGAUCAGCAAAUGAUGGAAAUGAUUCUUCUGCAACUAAUAUGGCUGGGUAUGCCAGUUUCGAAUUGCAAGAUCGUGAUGAAACUGAUAUUAUUCGAAUUGAAUAUGAAACAUGUGAUAUUACAAUUUCCGAGUCUCAAUCAGCUCAGAGAGCUCACAUGCUCUUUUCUCAAUUGUGUUUGGAUGAAGCAUUUGUGGUGUGGAAAGGCAGAUUGAUGGGACAAUUGGCAAGACAAAUGCUCAUUAAUACUGUUUCUGCAAGAGAAAGAAAUCAAAUAAUAGUAGUGUAAGAAUAAAGGUUUCUAAUCUUCAUAAA